AUGGCAUUUCGCAAUCGGCAUUCCUUUUUCUCAAUACCCUUUUUUACAUUCCUUCUUUUAUUAUUCCACAUUGCCCAUGCCGGCUUCCAACCCGUCUUACAAGAAACAAAACCAAUCGACUUUGUCGAGAAUGUACUAGAGCCGUCCGAAAACUAUUGUAAUCCAUCGGGUCAAAUUGAAGAUACGUGUUGCGACUUUCGCAGUGUGGAGGAGCUUCAACGGGACGCGUUUGACAAGAUCCAAGCCCUCGUUCAUUCCAAAUUCUUCCGGUAUUAUAAGAUUAACUUGUGGCGAGAAUGUCCUUUUUGGAAUGAAGAUGGAUUUUGCAUGAAUCGGGAUUGUGCAGUGGAGACAACGGAUGAGUCAUCACUACCAGAAGAAUGGCGUCAACCUGCAUUGAGCGCUGUUCAGAUUUCCCCGAAAGGAUCGGGAUUUCAGCCUUUUCAAGAAUGCAAAUAUAAAGAUCAAGACUUUUGCCUAUUGAAUGACGAGUUUGAUUCAGAAUGUGUCUAUGUUGAUUUGACUGAGAACCCAGAACGCUUUACCGGAUACGCAGGACAAUCAUCAGCACGUGUAUGGAAUGCCAUUUAUCGAGAAAACUGCUUUAAUGUGGUGGACAAGAUGACUGAAGGGUGCCAAACAUGCAACAACAACAACCAACUCGGCCAAAAGACAUCAACCGCCACUUCACCUAACUUUGCAUCUGUCCCCAGCAAUACGGAUCAACUACGCCAUUUCUUGAGUGACAUUGCUGAAAAACCCGAUGAAGGAGAUGAAGAAGUGUGCUUGGAGAAACGUGUUUAUUAUCGAUUGAUAUCAGGUUUGCAUUCAUCCAUCUCCAUCCAUAUUUGCGACGAAUACUUUGAUCAAAGCACAGGCCAAUGGAAACAAAAUCUCGACUGCUUUGUCAACAGGAUUGGAUCACAUCCCGAGCGCUUGCAAAACAUCUAUUUUACGUAUGCUGUAGUCGUACGUGCAGUACAAAAGUUGGGAGGAUACAUGAAGGCAUACAACUUUUGUACGGGGGAUGAUAAGGAGGAUCAAGCAACCAAGAAUGCCGUCCUGGAUUUGAUCAAUACGUUUAGUUCAUGCCCUACCACCUUUGAUGAAAGCACCAUGUUCCAAGGUCCCGAUGCUAAGGCAUUGAAGCUCGAAUUCAGGGAUCAUUUCCGUAAUGUGACAAGCAUCAUGGAUUGUGUUGGCUGUGAGAAAUGUCGACUCUGGGGCAAGAUUCAAACCACUGGAUUGGCAACGGCAUUGAAAAUCCUUUUCUCAUACGAGGAGGAUAGCCUUGAUCCUUUACGCAACCCUGGCCUUCUUCAACGCACCGAAAUUGUUGCCCUGUUCAAUACGCUUAACCGUUUCACUGAGAGCUUACACGCCAUCGAGCGAUUUAGAGAGCUUUAUUAUGAGCGUUCCCAUCCUACAUCACAGGUUAAGGGUGCAUCAUUUAUCUACAACUUGCUAUCUAAAGGUGCAGCUAAACUUGAGAGCACUUUGGCACAGUGGAAUAUACCUUUACCAAGUGUCAUGCGUAGAUUAUUAGAUACAUUGAUUCCCUCGCACUAG